AUGUCUGAUGAAAUUAUAUCGUCUCUACUGGAAUUACCUGUUGAGUUAAUCUAUCGCAUUUUGGCUCAUCUUGACGAUUUCACGCUUUUCUGCUCAGCUUAUAAUGUAUCUUAUAAUAUAUAUCAAUAUGUUUGUUUUGGUGCUCAUUACCAAUUUGAACGUACUCUUGGCUUGAUUGAUUGGCGUGGAAAUGGAAUAGUUAUGGUAAUGAUUACUUUUGCAGUCAACGUGGUAUUGAUUGCACAUCAUCUUAUUACACGUCAUCGAAUGAGAAAUGCGAUUACAGUAGCUAGACGUACAGAAUGGCGUCGUUCAUUAAAAUUGAGCUUACAACUACUUGUAAUCGCAUUGCCUUAUUUGAUUGCUUGGGUUCCGUAUUCAACAGUUGCACUGACUCAAAUUUUUAGCAAUACCGACAAACUUACGAUAUUCAACUUAACAGUUCUUCGGCAAAAUCGAGCUGAAGCUAUUGAAUACCAACGAAAUACAAUUACUAUGCGACACGCUUUCACGAAUACUCAUUAA